AUGUGGAAGCAUAGACGCAAACGGCUGAAGGCAACCAUCUCCCCAUGGCCGGAUAUCGCAGCAGGACACCAGUGCGUGAAAGUUUGCUCUCCUCGUGUUCGCGAAACGUCGCGUCGCGUCGUCCGGUCAGUGUCGUCCGCGGAAAUCGAUCACGGUCCCGUCGGUUUCGUAGCUCGUGUGCAAGAGGACCAGAACUUGGUCUGUAGAUCGAGUAGCCAAAGCAGGAAGGAAAUGGAUCAGAAGCUUUGGUACGCUAAGCCUAGGAAAGGCAGGAGGGCAGGUACCAAGCAAGAGAAGGGUGACACCGAUUUUGAAGCCGACAAAAGUCUGGCGGAAAAGGGCCUUGGGAACAUCGUGGGGAAAACUGGAUACCAUGUUAUUAACAGUUUUGAAUUUGCGGAAGAGGUAACAGGCAUGCAGGUUCCAGAGGAACACGUCCUGUUUUCACUGGACGUUAAGUCGCUGUACACGAAUGUUCCUGUUGCGUACGCCUUGGAGUGUAUAGAGGCAAGGUGGGACGAGGUAGCGAAAUACACAAGGAUAGACAAGCGUGGUUUCCUAGCGGCGGUUGAAUUAACUUUGAAUUCGACUUUCUUCGUCUAUCGGGGUGUGAGCUACUCACAAACUUUCGGAGUGCCGAUGGGAUCACCGUUGUCACCGGUGAUAGCCAACCUCGUAAUGGAGAGGUUAGAGCAGGAAAGCAUACGUAAGUUGGAGGGACAUCGAAUCAGUAUGGUGGUGUACAGACGGUAUGUUGACGACUGUUUCUGUAUCGCACGUAAGGAGCACGUGGGCAAAAUUCUCGAGGUGUUCAACGGUUUCCAUGACAGAUUACAGUUCACGGUGGAAUAUGAGGAGGAUGGACGUCUUAAGUUUUUGGACAUGAUGCUGUUCCAAAACAACGGACGUGUGGAGAAAACUUGGCUGCCAAAACAAGAAAACGGGCGUUAUUUGGAUUACAACUCCGAGAGUCCUUUCACGCACAAACGCAACACAGCGAUCGCUCUGGCGAAUACAGCGAUCAAACUCACGGAUGCGGAAAACCGCCCACAAGCAAUAGACAUGGUUAAAAGGAUAUUAAAAUGCAAUAAUUAUCCGGAAUGGUUCAUUGUAAAUGUCCUAAAGCAAAGAGUGCAUAAGCAUUACAAUAGACUGGAAGAUGGGAAAGAGGUGGAGGAAACAAA